UCUCUCUCUCUCUCUCUCUCUCCAGCUGUCCAUCUGAAUGACUGGCUUGGCCAUGAUGUCUGGACUGUCUGCAUCCCAACCUCCCCCGGUUCGGCCUGUCUCCUAAUGCUGCAUGUCAGAGCCCUUCUGCCUGGCAGAACUGGCACUGACACUGCGGGUGGCACCUGGCAGCGGUUCGCAUGCCAGCGCCAGUGUGUCUGUUGCGAUCAGCUGCACAGCGCCUGUGUCCAGCGCCUUUAUCCAGCGCCUGUGUCCAGUGCCCUGCACCUUCACGGCUGAACACUUCAGGACCCCAUCAUUUGCUUCUCCAUUCCUCUCUGGAUCUGAGGGAAGUUGUGCACCCAGCCUGUCCCAGGCCAAUGCAGAUCCAUGAUUGGUACAGUUUCAUGCCCAUCAACUCCUUCGACCAAUGGAUCACCUGAAUAGGGAACUGUGUUUGAAAAGAAUUGCGCCCCCAGUGGUGGAUCACCAGAAUGACAGGAAUCUAAUCUAGAGGAAUACAGGAGCAAAUAAGCAGAAUAUUUAUACAGAAUAUCAAAAUAUUACGGCUCUUCAAAGUCUGAUAAAUGUUCAGUGAGAGGAAUAUUUGUGUUUUUCACCUAUUUUAAUUUUUGUUUACAUUCCUUUUUUCUUUAACUGAUUUUUAUGGUACAGUGUUAUGUGCAACAAUUUUAAGGUCUUCAAUUAGUCAAUUAGUGAGAUUUGUAGUCUGGUGCAUCACUUGUUUUAUUCAUUCUGAUGAGUUACCGUAUGAUGUUUGUUAUUUUUCUAAAUGCACUUAAAAAAAACUAUGCAGGCUAUGCAAGUGGUGGGAAUUACAGCUUAUUUAUGGUAAUACAUGGGAAUAAUCUUCGUCUCUAAAUAAAUAAAUGCGUAUUUAAAGCAGAGACACUAAGCAGUGAAACUUUAUACCGUAGGCUCAGUUGAUCUGCUCCCUUGUCGGGUAUGCGAGCUGCAGGCUAUUCAGUUACUCACCUUUUUGAUUAUGCGCGACCAGGUGUGUCUCUCCUGGCAUGGGUCGGUGUGAAAAAGAAUCAGGUGUGGCAGUAUGACGUUACGAGAGAGAGCAGAGUGGAGUCCGUUUUUCUCGAGUAUGGCUCCAGAGAAAAAGAAAACAUCACAGCGUCUUACAUUCGCCUGGUUUCUGGUGUGUGCUCUUGAAGGCUGUCUGAAUGCAUAUCCUGGCGGAGCGCCUUCCAGCUCGUGUGCAACCAUGCUACCCGAACACGGUGUAGGACCGCAGAACACAGACUCGCCUUACACCGUCGUGGUUAAUAGCUCAACUUAUCGCUAUGGGGAAAGAGUUCAAGUUUAUAUUGGAUCUGCAGAGAAAUACAGAGGAAUAUUACUGCAAGCCCGCAGUGCCAACACCUCUGCAAUUGUUGGGAGCUGGGUAACUCUCCCAUCACACAUCAAGACUCUGAAAUGUGGCUCAGGGGCAGCCAGUGCGGUGACUCAUAACUCUAAGAGAGAGAAGGUUGGCAGGGAGUUGGUUUUCACCUGGCUGCCGCCCAAAACAGGUGCUCCACAGGUGCUGGAGUUCUGGGCAACAGUGGUCAAGGACAAAGCCACGUUCUGGACAGAAAUCAAGUCAUCUGCACUACUCUUAGGUAUGCUGUACUUCCAUCAGUACAUGCCUUGCCUGAUAGAAACAGGGAUAAACAAGAAUAAAGAAGGCUAGAGUGCUUUAU